AUGUCCGAAAAAUUGAAAAAAACGCAACAAACCAAAGUAAAAAAAACCAAUAACAACAAUAAAACCAAAACAAAAUUAUCAUCUUAUAAUAAUAUAAAAAUUUCAAAAAAAAAAGUUGAAAACAAAUCGGAUUUAGUUGUUGAAGCCUCUAGUUCCGUCUCAUCGACUUUCGCGUCUAUUUCAACCUCGGAUUUAUGCGAAGCUGCUUGCUCACAUUUAUCGCUUUACAAAGCAGAAAACCCUGAUAAUUAUCUAACAAAUUACAAGAAAAUAGCUGAUUCGUCUGUAACAUGGUAUCGGACAGGUAUUGAAGUUUCCAGGGGAAAGAAAAGGGAGAGAAAGCUGCAUCCACAAAAAUGUCAAGAAUGUAAUUUUAAUGGUGAUCGAAUACAUUUUUGCCAAGAUUGUUUUUAUAUUGGUUGUUGGAAAAAUGGUCAUGCAAGAUCACAUUAUAAAAACACUAAUCAUAAAUUUGCAACCGAUGUGAAAAGAUUAUAUGUGUAUUGUUUUGAAUGUAAUAAUUAUAUUUAUGACUUUGAAUUUGAAGAGAUAAAAAAGCUUGCUGAUAUUAGAGCAGCAGAAGAUGAAUCGAUUGAAAAAGAACCAAAUUCAAAACGAGCAAGAUUUGAAGUAUACAAGCCUACACCUGAAGAAAGUAUUCUUAUUAAUGAAGGUUCAACUUCAUUUACAUGUGCGGGAUUUCGUGGGUUCUAUAAUUUGGGAGCGACCUGUUUCAUGAAUGCAGUAUUACAAACCUUUAUGCAUAACCCAAUCAUAAAAAAUUACUUUAUGAUGGAUAAACAUAAUAGUAAACUAUGUGAUAAAACUUGUUGUAUGUGUUGUGAAGUAGAUAAUCUUUUUCAAGAGUUUCAUACUAAAGAAAAAAAACCAUACCCGCCAUGUUCUUUUCUUUAUGCAAUGUGGAACAGUUCAACUGAAUUAGCAGGAUAUGCGGAACAAGAUGCUCAUGAAUUUUUUAUGGCUGCAUCUUCUGGAG